CUGGAUAAGCUCAACAGGGAAACCAGAUUGCACCUUCUCUUCCACAAAGAUAACUGGAUUUUCGUCCCGCGCUCCCUACCUACUCCAUCCGGAGCUUUUUAUUUCUCUCUUCAGUUGUGUUUUGUUUUAUUCUUAUCAUCGGCAAGCAAAACUUGGGAGGAAGGAAUAUUUAAGAGCUUUUGGAACUGAGGACUGCCUUGACAGACAGACUGCUUCUUUUGCUGAGCUUAUCAGCCAACGUGUCUCCAUAUGGCAUUUUUUCUCAUCGCUACAGAGGAUGCAGGGUGAAAAGCCCCGAGCAAGGCUUCCAGUUACCCGCCAAAGAAUGCUGGCAUGAACAUGAAGAUUAAAGCUGCCAUUUCAACUCAAGUGAAACCGUGCACACACUAACUGGCACCAGAAGGGACUGUUCCAUAAUUACAUAAAUUAGAUCGAGUGUGCCCAAUGGAUAUUUGAAUCCCUGUCACUUUGCUCUAAAUAGCCAUGGCAGAGAGGACCUUUAAACAGUUCAAAUUAUUUUGGCGCGAACAGUGAGAGGUUUGGCCAGUGGCCUGGACAGUGUGAGGUAAUGGUAUUUGCUCCAGGAAAUAAGUGUUGGCCAAGCCUAUUGCUAUGCAAAUAUAUUAUAGCAUUUAAUCUUUUGUCUUGCAAUGCUGCAGCCCACGCUUGUUUAUCCAUGUAGACAGUCACUUAUAAGCCAGUCUACUAUCUCAACAUUUUCCUUGCUUAAGCAAAGAUUUUUCUAAAUCAAUUCAGCCCUAUAAGUCCUGUCCACCUGCACAGAUUUGUGAUCACACGAUGGUUUUACAAAAGCCACAUGGUGCCCAUAUCAUAUGGGUUGGGCUGCUCAUUUGUUGCUCUGUAGAAAUAGGCACUUGUCUAGAAUUUACAGGUGCUGAGGGCCAGUGGGCUAGGUUUCCAGUGUGGAACGCAUGCUGCGAAAGUGAAAUGAGCUUCAAUAUGAAGACAAAGAGCUCCCAUGGGCUGCUAGUUUACUUCGACGAUGAGGGAUUUUGUGACUUUCUAGAACUUCUCAUACUGAAUGGUAAACUCAGCCUUCGUUUCUCGAUCUUCUGUGCUGAACCUGCGACCGUCGUAUCUGACACGGCGGUCAACGACAGCCAAUGGCACGCAGUCACAAUAAGGAGAAACUUUAGGAACACGACCCUAAAGGUGGACAAUGACACAAAAUGGGUCGAGGUGCAGUCAAAAAGACGGGAUAUGACUGUUUUCAGCCAUCUGUUUGUUGGUGGAAUACCACCGGAAUUACGGUCCGCGGCGUUACGGCUCACGUCGUCUGCAGUCAAGGAUCAGCUACCUUUCACUGGAUGGAUAACAGACAUAAAGGUCAACAACACGGAGUCUGUCAUGGUCAACAGUGACGGGGUCUUAAAGGACCUCUGCGGGUCAUCCAACAUGUGCUUGAAUGGCGGAGUCUGCAGUUUAGUUAACGACGAACCAACAUGUGACUGCUCUCGGACGGGGUUCCAAGGAAAGGACUGCAGUGAAGAUGACAACAAUAAUGAAGGUCUGGCACACCUGAUGAUGGGCGACCAAGGGCAGAGAGGGGAAGUUUGGCUACUAAGGUCCCUACUGAGCAUUCAAGGAAAAGAAGAGUAUGUCGCCACCUUCAAAGGAUCUGAGUUCUUCUGCUACGACUUGUCCUUGAACCCGAUUCAAAGCAGCAGUGAUGAAAUCACAUUGUCAUUCAAAACCCUGCAGAGGAAUGGACUGAUGCUGCACACGGGCAAAUCAGCUGAUUACGUCAACCUGGCACUGAAAAAUGGGGCAGUCUCACUCGUCAUUAAUUUGGGGUCUGGAGCCUUUGAAGCUCUUGUGGAGCCAGUCAAUGGGAAAUUUAAUGACAAUGAUUGGCAUGAUGUCAAAGUAACAAGGAAUCUACGUCAGCACUCAGGCAUUGGACACGCUAUGGUAACAAUAUCCGUGGAUGGGAUUCUCACCACCACAGGAUAUACACAAGAAGACUACACCAUGCUAGGCUCUGACGACUUUUUCUAUGUUGGAGGGAGUCCUAGCACAGCUGACCUGCCUGGAUCUCCGGUUAGCAACAACUUCAUGGGAUGCCUCAAGGAGGUUGUGUACAAAAACAACGAUGUGAGACUUGAGCUGUCCAGGAUGGCCAAACAGGGUGAUCCCAAGAUGAAGGUUCACGGCACUGUGGCCUUCAAGUGCGAGAAUGUUGCCACUCUGGACCCCAUCACAUUUGAGACGCCAGAGUCCUUCAUCAUCCUCAACAAGUGGAAUGCUAAGAAGACAGGCUCCAUCUCCUUUGACUUCCGCACCACAGAGCCCAACGGCCUUCUCCUCUUCAGCCAUGGCAAGCCCAAGCAGCCGCCCAAAGAUUCCAAGAGUCCCCAGACUCUCAAGGUGGACUUCUUUGCCAUUGAGAUGCUGGAUGGCCAUCUGUACCUGCUGCUGGACAUGGGCUCAGGAACCACAAAGACCAGGGCGGUCAACAAGAAAGUCAAUGACGGCGAGUGGUACCAUGUGGACUUCCAGCGAGAUGGCCGAUCAGGUACCAUCUCUAUCAACACCCUCCGUACUGCCUACACAGCCCCUGGAGAAAGUGAGAUCCUUGACUUGGAUGACAAUCUCUACCUCGGGGGUCUGCCAGAGAACAAGAUGGGGCUGGUGUUCCCCACUGAGGUGUGGACAGCACUACUCAACUACGGCUACGUGGGCUGCAUCCGGGAUCUAUUCAUUGACGGGCAGAGUAAGGAUGUCCGGCGCCUGGCCGAGGUCCAGAAGGCUGCCGGGGUCAAGCCCUCCUGCUCUAAGGAGCCUCCCAAACAGUGUUUGAGCAACCCCUGCCAAAACAAUGGGAUCUGUAGAGAGGGCUGGAACCGCUAUGUGUGUGACUGCUCUGGGACUGGAUACCUCGGGCGCUCCUGUGAAAGAGAGGCGACCGUCCUCAGCUACGACGGCAGUAAGUUCAUGAAGGUCCAGCUGCCGGUGGUGAUGCACACAGAAGCUGAAGAUGUGUCUCUGCGUUUCCGCUCCCAGCGAGCCUACGGCAUCCUGAUCGCCACCACGUCGAGGGACUCUGCUGACACCCUGCGUCUGGAGCUGGAGAGCGGUCGCGUCCGCCUGACUGUCAAUUUAGAUUGUAUCAGGAUUAACUGUACCACCAGCAAAGGUCCCGAGACUAUUUUUGCGGGUCAGAAUGUGAACGAUAAUGAGUGGCACACAGUGCGUGUGUUCAGGAGAGGCAAGAGUUUGAAACUGACCGUAGAUGAUCUGCAGCCCGUGGAAGGUCAAAUGGCAGGUGACCACACCCAGCUGGAGUUCCAUAACAUUGAGACAGGCAUUGUGACAGAGAAGCGCUUCAUGUCCAUGGUGCCCUCUAACUUCAUUGGCCACCUCCAGAGCCUCUCCUUCAAUGGCAUGGCCUACAUAGAUCUCUGUAAAAACGGUGACAUUGAUUACUGUGAGCUCAAUGCCAUGAUCGGCUUCAAGAACAUCAUCGCCGACCCUGUCACGUUCAAGUCACGCUCCAGCUAUGUGACCCUCACUACUCUGCAGGCGUACUACUCCAUGCACCUUUUCUUUCAGUUCAAAACCACCUCCUCGGAUGGCCUCAUUCUGUUUAACAGCGGGGAUGGAAAUGACUUUAUCGUGGUGGAGCUGGUCAAAGGCUACCUGCACUAUGUAUCCGACCUGGGGAAUGGAGCCCACCUGAUCAAAGGCAACUCAAACAAGCCGCUGAAUGACAACCACUGGCACAAUGUCAUCAUCUCCAGGGACACCAACAACCUCCACACCGUCAAGAUUGACACCAAGAUCACCACACAGACGACCACAGGAGCCAAAAACCUCGACCUGAAGGGUAACCUUUACAUUGGUGGGGUGGCUAAGGAGAUGUUCAAAGAGCUGCCCAAACUGGUGCAUGCCAAGGAGGGUUUUCAAGGUUGUCUGGCAUCAGUGGAUCUGAACGGGCGGCUCCCAGACUUGAUGUCAGAUGCUCUGGACUGCGUGGGACAGAUAGAGAGAGGGUGUGAAGGCCCCAGCACUACGUGCCAAGAGGACUCGUGUGCCAACCAGGGUGUGUGUCUUCAGCAGUGGGAGGGUUUCAGCUGUGACUGCAGCAUGACCACAUUUGGAGGACCGCUGUGUAAUGAUGCGGGAACAACGUAUAUAUUUGGGCGAGAUGGUGGACUGAUCACAUACACGUGGCCGCCGAAUGACCGUCCCAGCACGAGGGCGGACAGGCUAGCCAUCGGCUUCAGCACGCACCUGAAGGAUGCUGUCCUGGUGAGGGUGGAUAGCUCCUCUGGUCUCGGAGACUUCCUUAAGCUUCACAUCGAAAAAGGAAACAUUGCCGUUGUAUUUAAUGUCGGAACAGACGACAUUAAUAUUGAGGAGACGUCAAAGUUUGUAAAUGACGGAAAGUACCAUAUAGUGAAGUUUACGAGGAGUGGGGGUAAUGCCACUCUGCAGGUGGAUGACCUGCCAGUCAUUGAGCGCUACCCCACAGGGCGGCAGCUCACAAUCUUCAACAGCCAAACCACUAUACAGAUUGGGGGCUGGGAGCGAGACCGGAGUCGAUCCUUUCAGGGCCAGCUUUCGGGCCUCUACUAUAAUGGCUUGAAGGUGUUCAACAUGGCCGCGGAGGGGGAUCCCAACAUUAAGAUCCAGGGCAGCGUGCGGCUCGUGGGGGAGUCGCCCUCCUCUAUCACGCCGCAGUCGAGCACCACGGCCAACCGCUCAGAGACCUCCACAUCCAUCAUGGAGAUCACCACCACCACUGCAUCCAGCAGGCGGGUCAAACAGACGACAGCACGAGAGCCUCAGGCGACUACUGACGACUUGCUGGUGGCAUCUGCCGAGUGUCCAAGCGAUGAUGAAGACAUUGAUCCCUGUGAGCCGAGCUCAGGUGGGUUAGCCAAUCCCACCGGCACCGCACCGAAGGGUUACCCAGGCCCGUCUGAGGUCUUCCGGGAGUCCAGCAGCACGACGGGGAUGGUGGUCGGCAUCGUAGCAGCGGCGGCGCUGUGUAUUCUCAUCCUGCUUUACGCCAUGUACAAAUACCGGAACAGAGACGAAGGUUCGUACCACGUAGACGAGAGUCGCAACUACAUCAGCAACUCGGCGCAGUCCAACGGCACUGUGGUGAAGGAGAAACCAGUGAACACCGCAAAAACCUCAAGCAAGAGUAAGAAGAACAAGGACAAGGAGUACUACGUGUGAUUGUCAAUGCUUUGGUCUUUGCAAGACCAAUGUAAACAUUUAUGGAAAAGACAAAUCAGGACGUCAACAUGUGUACAGUAUAAUAACAAAGAUGAACAUUAUUUAGUCAUUUUUCCUAUAAGACAAUGCUCUGAAAAGUAAAUAUGAAAAAUUUAAAAAAUAACUUUCUUUAGACUCAAGCACUCGAGGCAGUUUAAAAGAUUUACUGUCCGGAAAUGGACUGAUGGGAAAAUGGCUCCAGUUGGAAAAGAACUGAAUACAUAUCUAACAUGACAACCAAACAACAUUAACCCAUCUGUGACUUGUUUCCUCAGCCGGGAUAACGUGAUCUAACUCCCCUGUUUGUGGUAAACAGAGGAGCUGAUGCACUUUGCAAAGGGAGAAACAACAUCACAAACUUACUGUUUUCAUAUACAUUGCCUGUGUUUGUGUUGUUGAGACUUUUUCAAGAGAAAAUGACACAAUGCAUAAAUAAAAUACAUACAUACAUACAUACGCCAAACAUUUACUGUGGAUGAAGAGAAAAAAAAUCAGGUGACAGUGAAGCCGGAGAGAAAAAAAAUCCCUGAUGUCCGAGGAAUCCAAAGUACUCACUGAAGAGACAGAGACGGCCGGCAAAGACUAAUACCUGGCUGACUGAGCUGCCGCAGUGCAAAUAUGAGAAAGGAUGGCAGUUUCUCUUGAAAGACUAUGUUUUGAAAGAAGAAUAUGUCCGUUGUGCCAGUAAGACAUCUGGAGGCCUUUCGUUUUCACAUCGUGUGAACUCAAAGGAAAGAGUUUCCUCAGAAUCAUGGGGAUGUCUCUGAGGUGAUCAUUCGGGAGCCAUGCACGCAAAAUAAUCUUAUUACAGUACAUAUGUUUAUAUACAGUACAACCACAUCUAUAUGUGCUUUCUGGACUGUGACAAAGUGGUGUUUUAUAGCCUGUUGUAUAGAUGAUGCAAACUAUAACUGCUCCUCAACCAUUUUGGAAUAAAACAAAAAAAAAGGACAAAAAGAAGACAUAAGUGUUAUUAAGUGUUGCUAGACAUAGAAGAUUUUAUGAAGACAUCUGCAUUUUUUUCAGUUGAAUAAUGAUUUCGAUUCUCCCCUGUUUUUACAUGUGUUCCUAUAUAGUUUUUAUACAAAUGCCAACCUGAGAUAGAUGAUCCUGGACCAGUAGUAGCCUAACCGUUCCCAAAAACUGCACAAGGCGUUGAUAUCGGCGAGGCGUGGCAUGACAACUUGUGUGGCUCUCUUUUAAGGAUACCGGUAGAAUCACUGCCUUCCUCCUCAAUCCUGACUUACAUGAGUGAGAGUGGAGACCAAGAAUAUGAGUGAUGAUGAUGAUGAUGAUGAUGGAUGAUGACAAUGAUUAAAAUAAAUUAACUUGCUGUGUGUGUUUCCAAGUGGUAUUAUAAGAUUGUCAAACGUGUGCUUGGGCUGAUGCAAAACCAGAGGAGAAUAGCUCAAUAAGUCUCCAUUUCAACUGUUCUGUGUUUGUUCUGUCAUUCUGUCAGUCAAUUCUGCUUUCCGGAGACCUGUACUUGGAAUGAGUAUGAGGAAAAAUGACCAUGAACUAUAAAUGAUGAUUAUAAAUUCUCUUUGUUUGCUCCUCUUUCAUUUCUUCUUGGGUGUUUUAUGUUUAACUGUAACUCUUCUUGUACUCCACGUAAAAAAAUUAAUUAUAAAAACUAGUUUUGAAAAAUCAAAUGAAUAAAAUACUACCUAAGUGA